CGCGAGCGCGAGAGCAUGGUGAGAGCAUCGAAGAUCACUCCGUUGGGUCAUGGUUAAAGCUGUGGAGGUUAUCCAGGUUUGAUUGUCGUUUUCAAAUUGCCUGUGACUCAAGGAAGCAAAUGGCAUCCUUCCUUCAUGAUAGCAUACAGGCAGAAUUGCUGAAGCAUGUCAAAUCUGCUUACCAGACUAGCCAAACAUUACCAGAUGAUCUCCUUUCAGCUCUACAUUUUGUCUACAAGGCUCCCCUGCUGCAGGCCUUAGACCUGGUAGACAACAAGAGUGUAACAAAGCUAACAUGCCCCGCUGGUCGCAUAGCUUUCCAGGUUCUUGGGAGCUCAGGCAUUCCAUACAUCUGCCUUCCAUCGUCCAACUUUUGCAGCUGUCAGUACUACUCAUUCACAGUUCUGAAGAGAAGCGAUGUUGAUCUGUGCAAGCAUGCCCUGGCUGUCCUCCUCAGCUGUGCUAUGGGGUCGUGUCAGGAACAGCAUGUCUCCAAUGAUCGCAUGGCCCAAACUCUGACCCCAGGCCAUUUGGAACUUGGAGAGGAACCACCACACCACAGCCACCAACCAUGAUGUGGCGCGAGAGGACCCAAGAGCAAAUCCAACUCCAAAGAGGAUUGUCGUCGCAGUCUGGGAAUGGAAAGGAGCUGCACAUGUUGGCUUAUUAGAGGUAGGAGAGAAAUGACCUCGUGAACAUCAAGAAUUAGAAGACCUACCUCAUAAUGAAUAAGCCAGAGCGAUGGCCAAUCAGAGUUUUGAGAUGAUUGACAUCACAAACAUCAAAGGAAACAGAUUCACCUGUACAGUCCUUUUUUUCUAGUGUAUCGCUGGAUCACGUGGGGUGACACUAGAGGGUGUAUAUUUAUGUGGAAAGUUGUUGGAUGGUUAUUUUUUUUUCCUGUGAAAUUUUAAUUCUUGCCAGCAAAUUUGUACCAUCAGCAAAACAUGCCUCUGCCAGAGGCCCUGUAAUGAACUCUUUAAAGUCACCUUUGCAUGUGAUUUCUUUGUGUUUUUAAUUAUGUUGUUUCAUUUCAGAGUGAGAAGUACACACAGCUCUUAUGUGUACAUGCAACAAUACUGUAUAAGUUUGUCACAUUGUAUUUACUUAUAGAAUCAGAAGUUCCAUCUUGUGGUAGAUUUCAGAUGGGGGGUCAGAGGUUAAAUUGUAAAUGCAGAUGAGCAUUACUAGAGUAGCCACUAGUCUGAUUAGUGUUUUUCAGUCCCCUCUCCCCCAAUAAUGAAACAUGUCCAAAGAAAGCAUUAACUGUUCCAAUACCAAUAAUUUGUCAGUUAAAAACCAAAGAUGGACUGACUACCACAGGAAUCACUUAGCCCAAUUUGAUUCGUUUGGAAAAUUCUCAAGGGAAACAUGUACAAAAGCUUCUAUUCAUUUUGACUGUGAGCUUAUGAUGACAGGAAACAUCAGGGACCUGCGUAGUCAAUGUGCAGUCUUGACCAUGUCUGAUUGGGCCAUUUCCAUGGGUGCCGGUCACUUUUUGGGGGCAUCGUUUGGUCUAGUUGGUGAUUAUGGCACAAUAUCUGUGGCCACAUAAUAUCUCAGUGAUACCAUGCAUUAGGUCACCUACGAUCACACUCAAAUAUUAUAAUAAACACAAGACUUGCAUUACAAGUCGGUGCCAUUUGCAACAUAGGCCUGAGCUAUGCUAGCCUGACCCCAAUCUAAUCAGCAUAAAUAAUAAAUUACAGCAUGUACUUGAGAACGGCCUCUGUAAUGUUUUGACAGUAUUUCUGCACACCAUCCCAGAGAUGUCAACUUGUACAAUUUAGGCGUUAUUUUUACGCUUUGUUUAGUUCGUUUAGGACUGUACGAUCCAGACUAAGAUUUUUAUGAUUUCCAACUCAAAAGGUACAAAACCAUACAGUUGUGCAUAAACUCUAUUUAGGCCAGCACGGAGCCAACCUUGUAAUGCGCACGUCAGAAAUGUUUCACUGGCAUCUGCAGUUGGUGCAUACAGGCUGCGCGAGUAGCAGCAGAAACCAGCGUCGUUGAAAUGAAGUCAACACAUUUUAGAACCCAAUUCUUAUUGUACCCAAAAAAUUAUUACAGUGCAUCACAUUAACUGUUUCUCAGCAACAGAACAAUCAUGAAUAACAUGUUAGCAGGUGCACGUAGCGUUACAAUUAUGAAUUAAUACAAGUUCGUUUAUUGUGACCAUUUUCUUUGCAAACACUGCAAGUCACUAUCCAUUUUGGUGUUCUUUUGAACUGUCCCUGCAAGAUGUGUAUUCGUUGUCGCUUUGACAUGAUUUGUAACAUGGCAGCGGGACUAAAAUUAGUCGCCCUUGGUACCAUUUUGUCACGAGAUCAUUAAGUUUUUCCAAUCCUUGCUGGCAGUAAUGGGAUAUAUUUCGAUGUAGUCGCUUAGCCUCUGGAACAUGAUACGCCAUCACAUGCAUGUACGGAGUGAUGUCCGUACUACAAGUCACUGUAUAGAACAGAUGCACUCAGUUUUUAGCUGCUUGUUCAAACUGAUCUUUUUCUGUUUCUGUCAAUUUCUUUCCCAUUUCUGCCAACAAGAGUGGAGAGUCUCACCACAGUAUUUUCGAUUUAUCUAGCUUAGGGUGGGAUGGAAUCAAAGAUUCAAGGUCCAUACUGCUCAAAAUUUUACGGUGUUCUGGUCCUCUGAAUGAUCUACAUUCAACUUUACCGUUGUUGAUGAAAAACUUCCAGAAACUUAUUCCAGCCUUCCCAUUAAUGAACUUAUGGAAUUUGUUAAUGUGGAUUGAACUCUCCAACUUCUUCGUAAUGACAGUGUUUUUUGAAAUAUUGUUCAGUUUCAAUAAAAAGGCUAACAAGUGACCCACUAA